AUGUCCAGCUACCUCCUUCUCGCCUCGACCCUCCUGGGUUUGGCCAUGUCCAGCCCCGCAGCGUACUUUCACCCCGUGCGCCCCUCCACAUCACUUACUCAACACUAAUCUUCUUCCCAGCCUCCCCUCCCUCCUGGAAAAGAGAUCCGAUAUCACUUGCCCCGACAUGAACAGUACCACCGUCAUCUCCAACGGCAAAUCCUUCAUCGUCGAAUGCGGAAUCGACCACGCAGGCGGCAACCUGCCCAAUCAGCCCGUCUACGUCUCCGGCCUCGCGGGCUGUGUGAGCGCUUGUGCUGAGACGGAUGCUUGUGUGGAUUUCACGCUAUCGGGAAGUGCGUGCUACAUGAAGGGAAGCGUUGGGCCGAAUGUCUAUGGAGGAGCGAACGGGGCAAGGUUGAUCGGGGUUGAGUCUGGGAAAGUCUACUUGACUUGUGGGACUGUUGGGUAG